GCAGCAGAGAAAAAUGCUAUCUAAGUCAAUAGGAAUAUAAUACAGUACUGAAGAUAUCUUCCUACUGUCCAAGAAGAAUGGCACAUCCAGCAAACAGAAGACCAGAGAACGCCAAAAUUAGUAGAGAGCUUUUUGUGCUCACCUACGGUGCUUUGGUAGCCCAGCUGUGUAAGGAUUAUGAAAAGGAUGAAGAUGUGAACAAAUAUUUGGAUAGCAUGGGAUACAACAUCGGCAUCAGAUUGGUUGAAGAUUUCUUGGCUCGCUCUGCUGUGAAAAAGUGCCGCAGUUAUUCUGAAACUACAGACAUAAUUGCCCAGGUUGCUUUUAAGAUGUAUCUGGGUGUCACCCCUACUGUAACUUGCAACAAUGCAAUGGGAAAUGAGUUUUCUCUCAUUCUGGCCAAGAAUCCCUUAGUGGACUUUGUGGAAGAGCUACCAGCAAAUCGAUCAUCUCUUUGUUACUGCAGCCUGCUGUCUGGGACCAUCAGAGGGGCUCUGGAAAUGAUACACCUAGCAGCUGAAGUGAUUUUCCUUCAAGACACUCUGAAAGGAGACGAUGUGACAGAAAUCCGAAUCACUUUCUUGAAGAAGGCUGAAACCAAGAAAUACAAGAGAAAUAAAUGAAACUGUUAUCUGAAGUAAUUAUGUACUUAGGGUCAGCCAAGUCUUUGCAGCUGCCUACAAAGAGGAACCUUCCAAUUCAGGAAGGACCAUCCACCCAGAACAUGACUAAAAACAAACAU